AUGGCAACAUUUGCUUACAUCGGAUUCCUUAUACUACCAGUUAUUAUUUUGUUCUUUAUUGUUCUUCGAUAUUCCAUGAAAACCAAUGACCUUCCAUGGAAUUGGCCCAUCAUUGGAAUGUUGCCGAUGAUAUUAACCCACUACCACCGCCUUGCUGACAGAUGCACCGAAUUCCUUGAAAGCAGCGGCGGUACAUUUAUAGUGAAAGGCCUUUGGUUUACCAAUACGGAUCUUAUAUUCACUAGCGAUCCUGUGAACGUGCAUCACAUAUUCAGCAGCAACUUCUCCAUGUAUCCGAAAGGGAUAGGGUGGAAGAAGCGACUUGAUAUUUUUGGAAAUGCACUUUUCAAUUCGGAUUUUGAGGAAUGGAAGAAUCACAAGAUAUUUUUUCGAGGCUAUUUAAGCCAUCGAAGGUUCCAUGAACUCCUGCCAAAGAUUUUCGAGGAUAGCAUGAAGAAAAAGCUGAUCCCAAUUCUGGAGCAUGUGUCUAAACAAGAUAUACCUGUGGACUUUGCAAGUCUACUUAAAGGGCAUUUAUUUUAUAUUUCUUGCAGACUUGCUACUGGUUGUGAUGCUUGUUCUAGCUUCCCCGUCAGUUUCCAUGAAAAUCUGUUUUCAAAUGCCAUAAUGCAUGCUUGCGAAGCCAUAUUUUCUCGGCUAAUCUUUCCAGAGAGUAUUUGGAAACUACAAAAAUGGCUAGGGAUCGGUAAAGAGGGGAAAUUACGUGAUGCUUGGAAAACAAUUGACAACGUGUUGGCAGAGCAAAUAUCGCUAAAGCGACAAGAGAUGAGCGAUAGAAUGGCAGAGGAGGAUAUAGAUUUCAAUGCACUGGAACUUCACUUGAUCAGACACAAACUCCUUGGACCUAUAUCUGUUUCUAAUAGCUUAAUUAGAGACAACAUGCUUGGUUUGAUGUUCGCUACCCAAGAUACUACAAGCACAGCCCUCAGUUGGUUCUUCUGGCUUCUUUCAAGGCAUCCGGCUGUUGAGAAGAGAAUUCGAGAAGAAAUACAAGAAUAUUUUCCGGAAAAUGGAGAAACGAAAUGGCUAGCGUAUGGUGCUAAAGAGUUGGAUAAAAUGGUUUAUCUCCACGCAGCUCUGUGCGAAACCUUAAGACUAUUCCCCCCAGGUCCUUUCCAGUCAAGGACUCCUGUUCAAAAUGACACCCUUCCUAGUGGUCAUAGGAUCAAUCAGGGUCAAAAUAUCCUGAUCUGCACAUAUGCAAUGGGGAGGAUGGCGUCUGUGUGGGGAGAGGAUUGCCGUGAAUUCAAGCCAGAGAGAUGGAUCACCCAUGACGGAGGGAUUAAACACGAACCAGCACACAAGUUCUUCGCAUUCAACGCAGGGCCUAGGAUUUGUCCUGGGAAGGAUGUUGGUUUUACUCUAAUGAAGGGAAUUGCAUCAGCUAUUAUCCACAACUACCAUGUCAAGGUAGUAGAAAACCACCCAGUGAUCCAUCAAUCCAGCAUCAUUCUGCAUAUGAAGCAUGGUUUAAUGGUUACAGUCAAGAAGAGAUGGCCAUGA